CUAAAGGGCUAGGGCAAUGGAGGCGACACAUGGAGUGGAGGACGAGCACGAGGUCUAUGGCGGCGAGAUUCCAGAGGAAGUGGAGGGCGAUCUCGAGGGCGACCAAGGCGACGAUGCUGGCGGCGACGAUCCCACCUCCACGGAGCUGGAAGAGAUGAAGAAACGCCUCAAGGAAAUGGAGGACGAGGCCGCUGCAUUGCGUGAUAUGCAAGCCAAGGUCGAGAAAGAAAUGGGCGCUGGGCAAGAUCCGGCUGCUGCUGCCCAACAAGCGAGCAAGGAAGAAGCCGAUGCUCGCUCGGUGUAUGUUGGAAACGUGGAUUAUUCGUGCACACCAGAGGAAGUCCAACAGCACUUUCAAUCCUGUGGCACUGUUAACCGGGUUACUAUUUUAACUGACAAGUUCGGACAGCCCAAGGGAUUUGCCUAUGUCGAGUUCCUGGAAGUCGAAGCUGUCCAGAACGCUCUCAUACUAAACGAAUCAGAGCUUCACGGUCGGCCUAUCAAGGUUGCUGCUAAGCGGACUAAUGUUCCUGGACUCAAGCAGCACCGCGGCCGUGGCGGCUUUGGAGCUCCUUAUAUGCCUUACUUCCCGAGAAGGCCUUACAUGCCUUACCCAUCCUAUCCAUAUCCUUACGGCUUUGGAAAAGUUCCUCGAUUCCGGAGGCCCAUGCGAUACAGGCCUUACUAUUGAUCUAUUUAUCUCUCCAUUGCUGCUCGAAAGCAGGUACUAGGGAAAAAAGGAUAAUCGAUAGGAAAGAAAAAAGAUGAAAAAAAUAUGUAUUGGAGAAAAAAAACUGGCAAAAAAAAGAAGAAAAACAAAGAAAAACCGAGAGAAAAAAACUGAGUAAAAAAAAUCUGGCGGGAGAAGCAAGCCCAGCUCAAGCUCAAGUUUUACAUCACAGAGGUUCGUGAUUUUUAUUUCUUGCUUGAAUUUUUUCCCCUGUGGCUUGCCUGUGUAAAUACGAUGCGAUGAAUAUUCUUUGAUAACCA